GGAGUGGAGAGCUGGGGCGGCGCCGCUCUCCGCCGCAAAGAACCCUGAGCUCGGCGCGCCGAGAGUCCCAGCAGGGCAAGGGGGCGCGGCGUCCUGGUCCUCGAGCUUGGGAGACAGAUGCUUAUGGGCAUGGGGGCAUGAGGACCUAAGCUCGGGUGAAGCUCUCGGGAAGGGCAAGACUGCGGCGACGAGAUGCGAGCAGAGGAGCCCUGCGCCCCCGGGGCCCCCAGCGCCCCGGGAGCCCAGCGCGCGCAGGGCCCUGAGCUGCGCCUGUCCAGCCAGCUACUGCCGGAGCUCUGUACCUUCGUAGUGCGCGUGCUGUUCUACCUGGGGCCUGUCUACCUAGCUGGCUACCUGGGGCUCAGCAUAACCUGGUUGCUGCUCGGCGCCCUGCUGUGGAUGUGGUGGCGCAGGAACCGCCGCGGGAAGCUCGGGCGCCUGGCCGCCGCCUUCGAAUUCCUUGACAAUGAACGCGAGUUCAUCAGCCGCGAGCUGCGGGGCCAGCACCUGCCAGCCUGGAUCCACUUCCCGGACGUGGAGCGGGUCGAGUGGGCCAACAAGAUCAUCUCUCAGACCUGGCCCUACCUAAGCAUGAUCAUGGAAAGCAAGUUCCGGGAGAAACUUGAGCCCAAGAUCCGAGAGAAGAGCAUCCACCUGAGGACCUUUACCUUUACCAAGCUCUACUUUGGACAGAAGUGUCCCAGGGUCAACGGUGUCAAGGCACACACUAACACGUGCAACCGAAGACGUGUGACUGUGGACCUGCAGAUCUGCUACAUCGGGGACUGUGAGAUCAGUGUGGAGCUGCAGAAGAUUCAGGCUGGUGUGAACGGGAUCCAGUUGCAGGGCACCCUGCGGGUCAUCCUGGAGCCCCUCCUAGUGGACAAGCCCUUUGUGGGAGCCGUGACUGUGUUCUUCCUUCAGAAGCCGCACCUACAGAUCAACUGGACUGGCCUGACCAACCUGCUAGAUGCGCCGGGAAUCAAGGAUGGAGUGGCAGGUGGCAUGGGGGAGGCAGUGCCACCCCUCCACAGCUGGUCCUGCCUUGUGUCCAGUGACAUGUCAGACAGCCUGCUGGAGGACCUCAUUGCCGCCCACCUGGUGCUGCCCAACCGUGUGACUGUGCCUGUGAAGAAGGGGCUGGAUCUGACCAACCUGCGCUUCCCUCUGCCCUGUGGGGUGAUCAGAGUGCACUUGCUGGAGGCAGAGAAGCUGGCCCAGAAGGACAAUUUUCUGGGGCUCCGAGGCAAGUCAGAUCCCUACGCCAAGGUGAGCAUCGGCCUACAGCAUUUCCGGAGUAGGACCAUCUACAGGAACCUGAACCCCACCUGGAACGAAGUGUUUGAGUUCAUGGUGUACGAAGUCCCUGGACAGGACCUGGAGGUAGACCUGUAUGAUGAGGAUACCGACAGGGAUGACUUCCUGGGCAGCCUGCAGAUCUGCCUUGGAGAUGUCAUGACCAACAGAGUGGUAGAUGAGUGGUUUGUCCUGAAUGACACAACCAGCGGGCGGCUGCACCUGCGGCUGGAGUGGCUUUCAUUGCUUACUGACCAAGAAGCUCUGACUGAGGACCAUGGUGGCCUUUCCACUGCCAUUCUCGUGGUCUUCUUGGAGAGUGCCUGCAACUUGCCGAGAAACCCUUUUGACUACCUGAAUGGUGAAUAUCGAGCCAAAAAACUCUCCAGGUUUGCCAGAAACAAGGUCAGCAAAGACCCUUCUUCCUAUGUCAAACUAUCUGUAGGCAAGAAGACACAUACAAGUAAGACCUGUCCCCACAACAAGGACCCUGUGUGGAGCCAGGUGUUCUCCUUCUUUGUGCACAAUGUGGCCACUGAGCAGCUCCAUCUGAAGGUGCUUGAUGAUGACCAGGAGUGUGCUCUGGGAAUGCUGGAGGUCCCCCUGUGCCAGAUCCUCCCCUAUGCUGACCUCACUCUUGAGCAGCGCUUUCAGCUGGACCACUCAGGCCUGGACAGCCUCAUCUCCAUGAGGCUGGUGCUUCGGUUCUUGCAAGUGGAGGAACGAGAGCUGGGGAGCCCAUACACUGGACCUGAAGCCCUAAAGAAAGGCCCUCUGCUCAUCAAGAAAGUGGCUACCAACCAGGGUCCCAAAGCCCAACCUCAGGAAGAAGGCCCUACAGAUUUGCCAUGUCCCCCAGACCCUGCUUUUGAUACUAAGGACGCAUCCAGGAGUACCACAGCCACCACCAGUGCUACCACCGUUGCCACUGAACCCACACCCCAAGAGACAGGCCCAGAGCCUAAAGGCAAGGACAGUGCCAAAAGGUUCUGUGAGCCCAUGGGGGAGAAGAAGAGUCCAGCCACCAUCUUCCUGACUGUCCCAGGUCCCCACUCUCCAGGGCCCAUCAAGUCACCCAGACCCAUGAAAUGCCCUGCCUCCCCAUUCGCAUGGCCGCCCAAGAGGCUGGCUCCCAGCAUGUCCUCGCUCAACUCCUUGGCCUCUUCUUGCUUUGACCUGGCAGAUAUCAGCCUCAACAUUGAAGGUGGGGACCUCAGGCGACGGCAGCUGGGCGAGAUUCAGCUCACAGUGCGCUAUGUGUGUCUGCGGCGCUGCCUCAGCGUGCUAAUCAAUGGCUGCAGAAACCUAACACCAUGUACCAGCAGUGGAGCUGAUCCCUACGUCCGUGUCUACUUGUUGCCAGAAAGGAAGUGGGCAUGUCGUAAGAAGACUUCAGUGAAGCGGAAGACCUUGGAACCCCUGUUUGAUGAGACAUUUGAAUUUUUUGUUCCCAUGGAAGAAGUAAAGAAGAGGUCACUAGACGUUGCAGUGAAAAAUAGUAGGCCACUUGGCUCACACAGAAGAAAGGAGUUAGGAAAAGUACUGAUUGACUUAUCAAAAGAAGAUCUGAUUAAGGGCUUUUCACAAUGGUAUGAGCUGACUCCAGAUGGACAGCCCAGAAGCUGAUGAUGAGAAUCCUUAUCACUCACCUUUAUAUUAAAAUGUAUAUAUAUGUAUAUAUUUUUUCCUUUGGAUCACUUACAUCAAAUAUAUGUAUAUUUUGUCAUUUAAAUCAGAACCACCACUUGAAAUUAUAUACAUAUAAUUCUUGUGUGGAAUUUAACUCCAUGACUGAAUAGCAUAAGGAAGAGGUUAUUUAAAAGCAAGAACUACUUUUUUUUGGUUGGAUUUUUUUGUUCAAGUCCAGAAAGAAAUGUUAUAUUUGUGCCUACUAAAUUAUCCAAACCUCAGUGUUUAUAUACUUAAAACAAGUGCCACUUUUUAGUAGGUAAUUAUAUACCAUCUGAUUUAGGACUUACCUGAAUGUAUGUACCAGAAAGUGUCCUGCCUCUGGCAUAGGGGCUGGGGGAGGUCUGUUUCUGGAGCCACUACCAGCAUUCCUGGGCAGUGACUGGCCAAAGGGAAGUUACUUUUUUUAUGGAAAUAGAAAGUGACCCAACUCAAAACUGCCAAGAGCUAACACUGCCAAAGCCCUUCUGGCUGCCACCUGUGGUACUUGUAUGCCUGGAGAUUUGUUCUUUUAUUUGACCUGGAGCUAAAAAUGUGUUUCCCUACUGACAAAAAUGUUAUACUGAUAUACUUAAAUACCUUGAGUUAAAUACUCUUGUGUAGUCUAAGGGCCAAACUCCAGCAUGUAGCAUUACUUCCAUAGGAAAAUGCAAACCAAGUUCCAAACCCAGGUCUAUGUCUGACUCUCAUAGCAAAGCACUGGAUACUGCUGAAGAGUGUCACCAUCAGAGAAAAGGAAGCUUUCAGAUAAGUUUAGGCUAUUCACCUUUUCUAAAGAGAUGGUUGGUUCACCUAAAUAACAUGUUAAAAGCAAAAUAUGGAAAUUAUGUACUUAAACAAGCACCUCUUUUACAUUUCAGACUUUACAAGACCAAACAUACUUCUCAUCCCCUCUAACAUUCCUGGACCUCCUCUUCUCUCUUACCAACUCAGACGACACUACCUGCCGUCAGUUUUCUGUCUCUGCCUCUGCCUUCACUGCCACUUUUCUGAAGCAGGGCAACAUUCGAGAACAAAGUUUUUGUCAUGUUACUCUUAUUCCAGUUUACUGCCACCUUAUUCACAUGCAGAUGUUCUAUUCCAGAAUAGUCCAAAUACUGUGCUCUGCUGACUCAAGUCCUGUCUCAAACCUAUUUCCUCUAUUAAGUCAGUCAAUCCAUAGUGAAAUGGACUCUUCCCACUGCCUGUAGCAUUUACUGUUGAUACUGAGUAUUUUCCAUUUUAAUAGUUCCCAGCCUUUACAACACUAAGUUUUAAGAAAUAUGUUGAUUAGGCACCUGCUAAGGUUACAUGCUAAGCAGCUACUUAUAUUGUAUUUGGUAUUUAAUAUUUGUUUACUCUCCAACUGAACAGUAGGGAACAAUUCAAGCUACUCGAAUUGUUUUUCACCCUCACCAUCCAAGACCGUGUUAAGUACAUAGAAGAUGCAUGGUGAAAUGUUUCUGCUGAGGUUUCUAUUUUAAAUGGCAAAUUCUCAUAAUAAAAUGGAGCAUUGAUGCCUACCCUGUCUACCUUAUGAUGGCAUUCUAAUUGCUCCCUAAAUAGACAAGUGCCUUGAAAAUGGAGAAGCACCAGAGAAAAAAGGGAAUGUAUCAUAUGUACAUCGAAACAUUAGCAACCCUAAAACAGCUAAUCAAAAUGGCAGUUAAGUGAAAACCUACCCCUCUUCUUCCAAACUUAAACCACAUACAUUUAUUUUAAACAUGGUCAAUUGAACCGUUUUUACCUGUGUCAGGCAACACAGGUAAAUACCUGGUGAUGGUCUGAAGAGGAGUUAAAAUGUUGAAGGGAACCAGAAUUUUAGUACACACCAGACAGGAGGCAAGGUUAUAUAGGCACUGUGUGAGGGGCAGGGAGCCUGAAAAGUUGUUAAUACCUUGGCUGCCACUGAGGACAAGAAUUGGUUUUCAGCAAUGGGUGGAAACAGUAAGCUAAUAUGCAGGAGCAUAGGGUCUGAAGUUAGUUAACAUCAUCUUGGUACAGAAACCCCCAAACCUAAGACGGAAUGUGAAUAUUAGUUUAGAACUUGGAAUCCUGUGAAGCCUUGAUGGAGGCAACCAUAAAAUUGGCCCCACAGGGUUGCCACUCCCAUCCAGGGCACAUGUGCGACAACUGCAGCAGACGGCUGUCACUAAACGGAAACUCACGGGCAAAAAUUAUGAAACAAAACAAAAACAGACUUUUAAAAAAAUAUAAAGUACACAGGAAUAUCAAACUGAAAAAUAGCCAUAGAUAAUAUUUCAGCAAGAAGGAAAGUGUACCAGUAAGGCAGAAAUAGCAUGUGAGAGGCAGUGGAGAGCAAAGAAAUCCACAAAAUACGUUGGCAAACCUAAGCAAGUUUUGAUGAUUGUUCACAAGAUAUAAACAAAUAACCAAAGAUUUUUGCAAGGGUUCAGAAACAUAGUAGAACUAAAAUGUUAGUACUAACAACUAAGAAAGGGCAGCUAGCCUGAUUCAGAAGAAAGUAUUCAAGACCGUAUCUUAUUUAGGAAGCUAAAGAUACUUAUCUUAAAAAUAUAACUCUGUGUGAGUCACUAAUUCAUUACCUCUCAGCUUCAAAUUGACGUCUGUCUCCUUUGCUCCUUUCCCGGCGGGCUUGAUGUUUGGCUUUGCCAAUAUGGAAGGACACUCUAUAUCAGGAAGAAGGGGCUUUUCUUCUGAUGUUUUCCAUGGCUGCUAGCUAAUUGGCAUACAGAGCUGUUCUCAAUCACCUAAGUACCCCACAGUUUACCCUUGGCUCAUGCCCUAAGAACUAUGGCCUUCAUGUUUUAUCAGCAGGCAACACCUUUUGGCAAGUUCCUUAGCCACAAGUGGGUUGCAUGGUCCUAUGGCUGCCAGAGGAAGUCUAAAUCUCAGCCUGGUAGGGAGGCACUUAAUUUCUAACUUCCUUUCUUGUUCACUCUCCCUUACCCCUGGGGGGAAGGGUCUGCAUCCCGAAGUUGAUAUUCUGUAUCCCCUAGAGUCCACUUCUACCCCAUUUAGUAGUAAAUAUAAGAAUUGCUAACUAGUAAAAGGUGGUUAAGUUUUUCAUGUUUGGUUACCUGUGCAAUGUGGUUUCUGUCUCCUAAGUAUGUAUUCAAAAUUGCAAGAUAACUAUGAAAAUAGAGUAAUAGCAGAAAGCCAAUAAAGUUGAUAUAUACAACUUCC